AUGGAGUCAUUGGAACGUGAGACACACGUAUGUGAUAAGUAUGUGGAGAGACGUUUGGACGAGAGGCCGCGGGGCGAGAGAAAGAGCCCGAAAACGGAGACGCGGAUGGCUAAGGAUAUCUGACCCGGAGAUUUCGCGGAAGGACAACGGGUGUCGGGUGUGUCCAUUUGACGCAAGCACGUCACUUGAUGCAGCGGUGCCCCACACGUUUCCUCGGGAGCUUAUCGCCCGGUGGAUCUUUCCCGCGCCGGAUCGAACUGCCAGCGGAUCAAAUUGGCAACUCGAUUGGAUUUGACUCGGAUCACUCGGAUGAACGACGGCAGAGCCCGGCAAGGAUGGAGAACGAGAAGUAUUCGUCGGACGAUCGUAAGUUGAUGACCUACGUGGCGUACAGCGUCAUUCUCGUCGCCGUCUUCGCCUCGGCCGUGUACAGGGCGACAAAGGACCGGGCGGUGGUGUCGGUGGUCGCGACCUCCUUCGUCGCCUCCGUCUUCCUCGUGAUCCUCCUGCUCUGCGACAUGACGCUGCGCCUGUGUCAGACGCUGGUCACGUUCACCACGGACGUGGGCCAGGAGUCCGAGGAGAGCUUCUGGUCGGUGGUGAAAUAUCAUUUCACCCUCAACACCCCGUCGGCGAUGGUCGUCGUUGUCGGCGUGCUGCUGGUCUUCGGCCUGAUCGGCGGCAUCGGCACGUGUCCGUUCAACUACGCCUGGGACUUCGGACCCUGCGUCUGUGUGCCGCUGAUAAUGUUCUCCUUCUGGCUGCUCAGGAUGUGCAACCUGGCCGAGUGGGAGACGGGAUCGCUGGCCGACCUCAGUGCCAUGAAGGGUCUGGAUUACGGCACAGGUAUGGCGUACAGCUUUUACUAUGGCUACCUGCGACUGAUCUUACCGUCCACCGGAACUUCCACGAAGGGUAUAGUUGAGAAAAUUGAGAAUUUUGAGGACAAUCACAACGUGACGUUCCCGGUACACAAGCUGUUUAUCUUGAUACCGUCGUCCGGAUACAUCCCGUCGGAUUUGAAGGAGGCAUCCCAGUGGAUGGAGAGUGCCAGCGAGCUAGAGGAGGAGGUACGCAACCGGGCCGGUAACAUACGCAGAACGUACCGCAACAACGCUUACAAGAUAUAUCCCGGUGGAAGAAGUUCAGGAAAUGAGCCGGUGUACGUGGUGGCGGAAGGUGCAACGCCUUUGUUAACGUACUACGAGGUACAGAAGCACAAUCAUCCUGAAUCUAUCGUAUACAAGCGAUACAAACGUAAGAUUAUCGAGAUGUUCUAUAGAAAACUGCGAGACACCUUGCAAAGCGAGCCAGAUACCAGAGAUUUGUGUGAAUUAAUUUAUUAUAACGAUUACGACGCGAAGGGAGACAAGGUUAAUGUUGCGACAAUAAUCUUAGAAAGGAUAUCUGAAAUAAGAGAUUCUGCGUAAGUGUCGAGAGAAGUUGAACGACAUGUACGUGUCCUGUGAUAACGUUUAUAAUUAAAUAUAUACCUGUCGUUUUCAUUUUGAUAGUAUUUUAAUAUAAUUAAUAAUAAAUACGAUCAUUUAUACAGUUUAUACUGCAUUUACGUAUUAUAAAGAUUGUUAUAUAUGAAUUUAUAUAAUAUUUUUACCUUGAUUUUUACAUUUAUAAUGCAAGAACAAUCUAAUGUAAUAUAAGCACUGCGUUUGAUGAAAUAUCAAGUAUCUAUCUUGCUAAAGAAAGAUUUUUGUUAUGUAUGACAGUCUCUAGCAUAACUAGAUUGAAUUUGCUAAUAAAAGCAUACAUGACCCAAUAUUAUUGCAUACAGUGGAGUUUUUUGAAAAAGUAUUUACACAGUUUUCUUACAAAUAACUUUAUUUGAAGGAAUAAUACAUAAUUACGAAUUGUGUCUACAAGUAACUUAUUACAUAUACUGUAUGAUUAACUGAGUAUGAAUAACUGAUGAUUAACGAGAUUUCCACUGUCCCUGUCUACUAUCUAUCGAAACCACUGCCAAGGGAACGGGCCUGGAAAAAUUAGCGGGGAAAGAAGACCCUGUUGAGCUUGACUCUAGUUUGGCAUACAUACAUAUACUGUAUGUAAUAAAUUACUUAUUAUGUAUUAUUCCUUCGAAUAAAGUUAUUGUAAGUAAAUUGGGUGUGCAAAUACUUUUU